AUAAAUACAAUGAACACUCACAAGUCGUUCUACCAUAAAUUCAACCAAAGCUCCUCAUUUUUUCUUCCACCAAAAACACAAAAUGGCAUCUCUACAAUUUUCUCCAUCAAACAUAGGAGCAUUCACAACAACUAAGAUAGCAUCUCCAGCUUCUACUGCGCCUCUCCACUUGUUACCCUCUUCUUCCUACCGUCUUCACCGCAUGAAAGUUCAUUGCCAAACUAAUCCAGAAGAUCAAAAGAGCAGAACCGUAGCGAAAACGCUGCCUCCUGGGCCGAUGAAGCUCCCGAUCAUCGGAAACCUACAUAACCUGGCAGGCAACCUGCCCCAUCUAGCUCUUUCCGAACUUGCCAAGGAAUAUGGCCCCAUCAUGCACCUUCAAAUGGGUGAAAUCUCUUCGGUGGUGGUUUCGGACGCGAAAAUGGCUAAAGAAGUGUUAAAGACGCAUGAUCUGAAAUUCGCACAGAGGCCGCAGCUUCUUGUUGCUCAAAUUGUGAUUUAUGAUGGUAAAGACAUUGCUUUCUCCCCUUAUGGUGAGUAUUAUAAGCAGAUCAAAAAGAUUAGCUCCACGGAACUCUUGGGCCCGAAAAGAGUCCAAGCAUUUGCUUCUCUUCGCGAAAAUGAGGUUGACAAACUCAUCGACUCAGUUCGUCGUUCGGUUGGUAAACCUAUGGAUUUCGGCGAAAAUGUGUAUCGGUUGACUAAUGUUAUUAUAUGCAAGGCCGCGUUUGGAGAAGAAUGCAAAGAGCAAGAUGCGGUUAUUAAACUUGGCAAGGAAGCAACAGACCUCGCGGGAGGCUUUAAUAUAGCGGAUUUGUUCCCUUCGUUAACGUUUCUUCACGGAAUCACUGGCGAAAAACGCAGAUUUGAGAAACUCAGAGAUGAAUUCGAUAGAAUGUUAACGAAUAUCGUUGAAGAUCACAUGAAGAAAUUGCUGACCAAAAGCGGGAAUAGCGAUGAAUCGGAGAGGGAAGACCUUGUGGAUAGUCUUUUAAAGCUUCAAGCAAGCGGGCAUUUUAAAAGUCCUCUAACAAUGGACCACAUCAAAGCUGUCGUUUUGGAUUUGUUCAUUGCUGGAACUGAGACAUCUUCAACAACAGUAGAAUGGGCAAUGUCCGAAAUGAUAAGAAAUCCACGAGUGCUAAAAAAGGCACAAGAGGAGGUAAGAGAAGCUCUAAAAGGAAAAGAAACAAUACGUGACGCAGACGUCCAGGAUUUAAAAUACUUAAACUUAAUAAUGAAAGAAACACUUCGGUUACAUCCACCGGUUCCUAUGUUGCUUCCAAGAGAAAGCAACGAAAGGUGCGAGAUUGCGGGGUAUGAAUUGCCUGUCAAAACCAAAAUGAUCGUCAACGCGUAUGCAAUCGGGAGAGAUCCCAAGGUUUGGCGCGACGCUGAAGAAUUUAAACCGGAGAGAUUCUUGGAUAUGCCGGUUGAUUUCAUAGGGAUGGACUUUGAGUACAUUCCAUUCGGAGGUGGAAGAAGAAUUUGUCCGGGAAUGGCUUUCGGUGUUGCGAAUAUGCAGCUUCCUUUAGCAAGAUUACUCUACCACUUUGAUUGGACACUACCUGAUGGAGCCACACCUGAAAAUUUAGACAUGUCUGAAACUUUUGGAGCCAGCAUUUCGAGAAAAACUAAGCUUUAUCUCAUCCCUACUCUUUAUGAACCUUCAAAAGAUGAGUCUACUCAUUACAAGGAAGCCAUGAAAGUUCUCAAUUGAAGCAUCCAUAACUAGUGUCCAUGGUUGUCAUGUACUUUAGUACUACGAAUCCUGAUCGAGAUGUUACCAGGCUCUUUGUGAGAGAAAAAAAAGACUAGUAAAUAAAUGAGAUGUAAAAUUGAUUAGUAAAUUUAUUUCUAUUUUUUUAAUAUUGUUGUUUUUGUAUAUCUAAUCAUCGAUGGCGUUUUGCAUUUAUCUUAAA